CUUUCGUCAACCUUGGGAGGGCCGAACAACGGUGCCAUCGUUCUACCCUUUGAAAUACCUCAUCGACAUGGCUGACCAUUCAGCCUCUCCUCCGCGCUCCAAUCUCCAUCGCAUUGCCAGCUUGAAAGCGUUUCUGCCGCUCAAUGCGGAAUCUGCUAUCUCCACUCGUGGACAGAACCUACCCUCAUUGAUCCACAGCCAAUCUACGGGACACGUCCUGAUCCGCCGCCCGUCAGCCAAUCGAAGCGAACGCCGCCCCAGUGACGAGGAUGUCGAGAAUGGCCAUCUCCACGGCCUCCAAAUGGCCUGGGGAGGAUCCUCGGACUGGGAUGAAAGACGCGCGAGCGUUGCUGCCUCUGUCCUCAUGACGCCCCAGAUGCGUAGCCAGCGGUUGAUUGGUAACAGCAAUCCAAGAUACAAAUGGGAAAGAUACUUUAAGACCGACGAGGAGCUCAAGAACAUGAAGAAACCCAUUCGAAAAUACUAUGAGCGCAACAACUACUUGAUCCAACAAUAUCUCUAUAUCGACCGUCUCCUCGACUCCUCGUUGCCUCACAACUUGCUACAGGAGUACAUUCAACCAUCAGAAUCUGUCAAUGUGCCGCCUACCAUAUCGGAAGAGUCCCAAUCAGGUCUCGCGACCCCAUCUGGCGAGGGUCUCAGCGCGCAGGAUCGCAGCAUGCUCAAUGGCGCAGGCAAUGGCAAUCACGCUCACAACAAAGUCAAGCGAACGCCCAAGAAUUUGUACAAGCUUCCAGAUGAAGAGACUGCAUUAAUUCAAGCCGACUUAGAAGAGUCCGACGAACCCCAGCAGGUCAUGCCCGACUUCAUGCCUGAGGAAGAAACAGACAGCAGCCAUCCCAUUGUCACCCUUGCCAUCUACAUCAACUUAGCUGCAAACACAACUCUCCUCAUUCUCAAGAUUAUUGUGACCAUCCUUACCUCAUCCCUCUCGGUCAUCGCCAGUUUGGUUGAUGCCGCCCUCGACUUCUUGAGCACGGCCAUCGUGUGGACCACAACUCGCAUGAUUUCGCGACAAGAUCAGUAUGCUUACCCGGUUGGACGCCGAAGACUAGAGCCAAUUGGCGUACUCGUCUUUUCUGUCAUCAUGAUCACUUCAUUCUUCCAAGUUGCACUCGAGGGCAUCAGUCGUCUCUCGUCUGAUGAUCACAAGAUUGUUCAACUAUCGAUUCCUGCGAUCGCUAUCAUGUCUUCAACUGUUAUCAUCAAAUUUCUCUGCUGGCUUUGGUGCCGCUUCAUUAAAAAUUCGAGCGUACAAGCUUUAGCUCAAGACGCAAUGACUGAUGUAGUAUUCAACAUUUUCAGCAUCAUAUUCCCUCUGGUUGGUUACUACGCAAAAAUCUGGUGGAUGGACAGCCUAGGCGGAGUCUUGCUGUCGUUCUACGUCAUUAUCAACUGGUCGCGCACAUCUACAACACACAUUCGUAAUCUCACCGGAGCUGCAGCUUCUGCCGAUGAAAGAAACGUUCUUUUAUAUCUCACCAUGAGAUUUGCCAAAACUAUCAAGCAAAUCCAAGGUCUACAGGCUUAUCACGCAGGGGAUAAGCUCAACGUUGAAGUCGAUAUCGUUCUGGAUGAGACUACAAGCUUGCGAGACGGCCAUGACCUGGGUGAGAGCUUACAGUAUGUGCUCGAAAGUGUUCCGACGGUUGAUCGGGCGUUCGUUCAUCUAGAUUAUAAUGGCUAUAACGCGAUCCCGACUCAUAUGCAGCAACAGGACUAGAGAUUCGGUGUCAAGAGAAACAUUCAUUCCGUAGAUAGUUGGGCAGCGCUCAUGAUGCCCGAUUAGAUCAAGUAAAGAAGCUUUAAAUCUAUUAUCCCUUCU